GAGUUGCGCGUCACCGACGUCGAGAAGGCGUCGCUGGGCUUUUCCCUCCUCCUCCUCCUCCUCCUCCUCCCCUCUCCCGUGGAUUAGAAGUAUCGCAGGCGGGCUUUUGUCGCAGUUUUUGAAUUAUACUUCUUUAACCAAAAAAGAACUGUUGGCAAAUAUAUAUAUAAAUCAUCAUAAUUACAUUCAGUGGCCUCUGUAAACCCCCCGAUCACAGGUGAAGCGAGGGCCCGCGUCCGCCUCUCACAGACGGAGCAUGAAGCUGACGGACAAUGUGCUGCGGAGCUUCAGAGUGGCGAAGGUGUUCCGGGAAAACUCCGACAAAAUCAACUGUUUCGACUUCAGCUCCAACGGAGAGUCGAUUAUUUCCAGCAGCGAUGACGAUUCCUUAGUGCUGUACGACUGCCAGGAGGGAAAACCUAAGAGGACUCUCUACAGCAAAAAGUAUGGGGUGGAUCUCAUCAGGUACACGCAUGCUGCAAACACUGUGGUCUACAGCUCCAACAAGAUCGAUGAUACUAUCCGAUACCUGUCUCUUCAUGACAACAAAUACAUCCGCUACUUUCCUGGCCAUAACAAAAGAGUGACAUCUCUCUCCAUGUCUCCUGUGGACGACACGUUUAUUUCUGGCUCAUUAGAUAAAACAAUCAGACUUUGGGAUUUGCGGUCACCUAACUGCCAGGGUUUGAUGCACCUGCAGGGGAAGCCAGUGUGCUCCUUCGAUCCAGAGGGUUUAAUUUUUGCUUCAGGAAUAAAUUCAGAGAUGGUUAAACUUUAUGAUCUGCGGUCGUUUGACAAGGGUCCUUUUGCAACCUUCAAGCUUCCGUACGACCGGACGUGCGAGUGGACCGGACUCAAGUUUAGCAACGACGGAAAACUCAUUCUUCUUUCUACAAAUGGAGGAGCCCUUCGUGUUUUAGAUGCUUUUAAGGGCGCUGUGCUACAUUCCUUUGGGGGCUACAACAACAGUAAAGGUGUAAACCUGGAGGCAUCAUUCACUCCGGAUUCACAGUUUGUUAUGAUCGGCUCUGAGGACGGAAAGAUCCACGUGUGGAACGCAGAGAGCGGCAUGAAGGUUGCUUUAUUAGACGGGAAGCACACGGGACCGAUCAACUGCCUGCAGUUCAACCCCAAGUUCAUGACAUUUGCAAGUGCUUGCUCCAACAUGGCAUUCUGGCUCCCGACCAUCGAUGACUGAUGACGACAAAGCGAAGGCAAAGCUUCUGUUGAAGGCCAAAGGGAGCAGCCGAGUUCAGCAAAGUCAUCGCAGUGUAAAUUUCACAGGAAGUGUUGCUAUUAAAUUCAAAUUGUAAAUAAGUAGUUCUCAGAAAUAGAUCUUUGUCUAUCCUUUUUUUAUAUUUCUAUUU